AACAGGGGAGGCUAUUUGUAAACAAUAUGGCGCUUAUUUUAUGUUGAUGUCCAUAGAUUAUAGAUAUUUUAGAAUCUGAAAUAAUUGAAUUACAUUAGAAAUAUUAUCGCAGUUAUCAAUUCUAAAUUUCACCAGGUCUAUGCUUAAUACAAAAGGACAUAGAGACACUGGACAAUGUGAAGGACUCAGUCUGCUGUGAGGUCCAACUGUCACUAGUUGACUACAUUGUUCAGCAUGCUGCUAAGGAGACUCAAGUAAGGUACUUUGAAAAAUUACGUUUGAUAAAGAGUUUCACGGAUCAAUGUUCGGCUUAAACGGCUCCUGGCAGAGUGCGAAACAUUCUUCUGUUCCCUACAGCCAGUCAACAGCAUCUCACCGGGCGAUCGUUGUACUCACUCACUGGAGAAACCUUUCAUAGUACUGGAGACGCUCUUGGAACCUGACGGGAUUCACUAGCUCCAAGGGUACCCUUCGGAAACCGGAAAUUUAUCUUCAGAUUUUGAGUGAUUACCAAAACACAAAUAAGCGUUACUUUCAAGCGAGUGUUCUGGAUUGGUUUGUUUCUUGCUGGUUUCUUUGUUUGAGUGUUUUUCUUCACUUCAUCGAGAUUUGUGAUUAUUCAAAACAAAACAAAAACAAAAAAAAAACAACAAAAAAACUUAGAUCUAGAUCUAGUGAAUCUAAGCGCGUAAUUGCAGUAUUUUCGUGUGGAGGAUAUUUAUGUCCGUGCAGAGUUUAUUUCUCAAGAGUUAGAACAACGGACAGGACAUGGCGGCGUUUAUUGCCAAACAGGUGGUCGGGGACAAGUUAUCGUCUGUGAAGGGUGCUAUUGGCAAGGAUGAGGAAGGAGGUACCAACGAAAAGGAUGAUGAGGCAGCCAGGGAGAUUGAGGAAGCCAGAAGAGAAAUGGAAGAGAAGAGGAAAGAGAAACACAGAAAAAUGGAAGAGGAACGAGAGACAAUGAGACAAGGUAUUAGAGACAAGUAUGGUUUAAAGAAGAAAGAAGAGCCACCCGAAGAAGAAGCUGAUCCCAUGGCAGAUGGUCGAGUGGGUCGCAAAAAGAAAACACCUGCUGAGCUUGCGGCUGAAGCCAAUAAAGAAGAAUCUGAUGAUGAAGAAUUUGCAAAAUUCCCACCAAACUUUAGUGAGUUGUCUUCCAAAGUGAGUGAACUGCCUGCUAAAAUGGCACAAGGUGUAGGGGAGAUAACCCAGAAAUGUGUCUUGCAGUAGUACACAAAUCUGGUUUAAUUGUACAGAAACAGCAAUGCCACGUGUCAGAAGGUCAUGUGUGACUCUUAUUAAGAUUUUUUUUCUUUAGAGAUAAUUACGAGAAAGGAAAGAUGUUAACAUAUUUUAAGAUAUUUUAAGAUUUUUUAUAUUUAAUUAAAACAUUUUUUUAGGAAAUAUUUUCAAAUAUUUUUGCUCAUUAAAAAAAAAUGCUCAUGAAAUAAAAUGUAACACAGCUUAUUGACUGAGUUGAAAGAACUUCUACAAAUAAUUCUUUAGAAGGUUGUACAAUGGUUCAGUGAGACACUUCUUUAAAUAUAGUUGAUGUGAUAGAGUCAUUUGAACAUUUGAAUUCACCACAUAUAGAGGUGCUUAAUGUAUGGAUUAAAUGGCAUCAUUUGACAUAAUUUACAUUUUUUACUAUGACAAUAUCUUUUGAGCUUUAAAUUUUGUUAAUUUUUUUUUGGGGGGGGGGAGUGGGGGGUGGGACCAAAUAUGAGUAAGAGUUUAGCAUCAACCUUUCCACAUUAAGGAAGUUAUGUGGGCCUCUAUUGGCUACAUUAAGGAAGUUAUAUGGGCCUCUAUUGGCUACAUUAUUUGAAGCACAUUCCUUUAGUUAACAAUUAUACAAUUCUAUUUCAUUUUAUGUACACUUUACACUGAGGGCUGACAUUCCUUAAGCCUCCUUCGGAAUUCAUUUUGAAAGAGAAUCUAAUCCAACUGUUGACAUUGAGAAGUGUUGUUGUGAAGAGACAUGUACAUAGCUGUGAACAGACUGGAAACUUAGCUAGCUGUUCUGAAAAGCUAACCAAGCAAUAUUGUUUUAUGUUUCUUUUAGCUCUACAAAUAUUUUCUAAUGUAUAAACAUUUUGCUUCAACACCUUUUCCAGUAUUGGUUUUUAAUUGCUUUGUAUUUUUUGUUUCACAAUUCAAACAUAUAGACCUGUGACUUACAAAAACACUUUUUGUUAUAACUAUUUGUUUAUAUUCUUAAUUUUUUUGUUAGGUAAUUAAUGUUUUACAAAAGUUUUUAGUCCAAUUUUAGGAAGUCAUUUAUUUACUUUUUUUAAAUUUCGUAAGUCUUUUUUCUAGUUGAACUUGUUUUAUUUAGGUUUCUUAAAUGCUUGUAUUCCAAACAAAAGCCAAAGAUUUAAUGUGGAUAUUUUAUGGUUUAAAUUUUUUUAAAAUUAAAAAAUGUGUAGUUUUAAAUAAGUCUUAAACAUUAUUGUUAACUUAUAGAACUAAAAAUUUUAAUGAAAUAAAAAUGAAUUUCUUGUCUACGUUUACUAGUGUCUUUAUAAGUAUACUUGAAGCAAAUAUCAAGCAAAUACAUCUUUCUAGUGACUACAAAAUUUCACUCUUACAGGAUCAACAUAACCAAAAAUUUGAAAAAAAAAAAAAGAAAUUUAGAAAUAUAAAAUUUUUAUUGAAGUUUUUUUUUGUCCAUUUCUCAUCAAAACGUAGUCUUACUAUAAAUGAAUAACUUUCAGUUCAAAUGUAAGAAUCAUUGAAAGGAUUGUUUGGAGAUUGUUAAUUGUACAAGAUUGUUUCUGCAGCUACACUUAUUUGAUUCCAUGAUCUUGUUCAACUUGACCUACUUUCAUGUUGUCCAGCUGAACCAACUUUAGGCUUUUUCUAUCCGUCUACUGUUUUUGUCCUAUUUUAUCCCUCAAGAGUUGUAGUCAAUUAAAAUUCUAAAACAAUUCCUUUCAAAUGUUGUUAUGCUUUAUGUAGUUAAUCUCCAUUAGAACAUGUCUUGUUUUUGGAAUAGAAAUUUAUAGUGUCUGUGUGAUUAGAUUUUUUAAAUUUUACUUUUUUCCAAUAAGUGUUGUAAUUGUGUUUAAUAUUUUAGUCUUGAAUAUGACAUUUGACUAUAGAACUUUCUUUUUCACUCAAAUCUUGUGCAAUGUAGAAGUUUUUUUCUAAAUCACUGUAGCUUUAUCUUGAACCUGCUUUAAUGUGUGAUGUCUAUUUAGAACCAAAGUCUGAAUCAUUGACUAGUUGUGUGACUUUAACAUUUACUUCAAAGGUGAAACAGCUUUAACAGACUUACAAGUAACUCCACUGCGUACCUCCAGAAAUCUGACUUUAAAUCAAAUCUUUGUUUUAAUUAACUCAAAUCUGAGAUAUAUUUUCUCAAAGACUUUUAACAUCUUGAUGUGUAUGUUCUUUUAUUUAAAGUUAUUUCAUAUUUUGAAUGAGAUGAAUUUUUUUUUUACAAAUUUUAGUCACCCACAAUAUGUAACCAUUCACUUGCUCUGCUCCUUUAGCAAGCUAAUAAAUGGAUGUAUUACUUUUUAUAUUUACAUAUAAGCCAAGGAAAAUGUCCUAUUUAAUAACUGAAUAUAAUUAUAACAAAGUGAGAACCAAAGGAUUGAUGACUUUAUGAAAGCAGUGAUUUGAUUUUAUUUUCCUCUCAUUCUCUUGCAUCUUAAAUAAAUGCAGCCGAAAAAUGAAAUUCUCAAAUCAAAACUGAAUAAUGCAAGUUCAUGCGAAAAACUGGAAAGCUGCUUAUCUUCUUAGGAAUCAACUUUCUAGCCUUCAUGAACUGAUUGCAAGAAAUCCAUGUUUGAUAAAGCCUCAUAUCCUUAUCCUAAUCAUAGAAUCUACUAUAUGGUUACUUCACUAUUAGACUUUGUUCCUAAACUAAUGAAUAGAAUUGAAUGCACUAUGUCAUCAUCUUGGCCCACUCAGUUCAAAAGGGUAAAUAAACCAACAUUUUUCAUUGAUGACUAUGUUAGACUGUUGUUUGUACAGAGUUAGACUGAAUGUUGAAUGAUCUUAAAGUGCUAGAUACUACAUUUGAAACAGUUCAGUGCUUUGCUUUUAGUUUUGUGUUUCCUAAUCACCUGAUUACAUUUUGUACUCCCCCCCCCCCCUCUUUUCACUUUCUUCCCCUCUGUCCACUGCACCUACUUUUAUUUGGACACUUUUUAAUAUUCUGUACUUUAAAUAACACCGCCCCCCCCCCCCAAUCCACCCCUCUCUGCAUAUUGUUAGUUUUUACAUUUUUAAAAUAACAUCCAAUUGCCUUCUUACGGAAAAGUAAAAAAUGAGACUUAUGCAAUUGUUUUUUAAAGAAUGUAGAAGUUAGAAUGAAAGCUUCAUUGAAUGUAAGACCGUAUAGAUUGUGUGCAUUCUAACAUUUCUUUAGUCACUGGUGAAUUGUUUAUAUCCAUAUGUAUUUAUAUCUCAGACUACAAUAUUUACAUUAGUUAGGCUAAUGUCUAUUGCACUGGUACUCAGUAAAAUAAAGUUGAAUAGUUUUCAUGUUUACAGCACAAUAAAUGUAUAACACCUAUGGUAAAAAAAAACAAAAAAACUAAAAGUGUUGAAUACAUUUCAGAAAAGAAAUCAUUCUUUUUUAUUCAAAUUGUUGAAAGAGGGAAAAGAUUUUAAAACGAUAAUUAUAACUUCUACAAUUGCUGUUCAUUUCAGAUCACAACAUGUCCUUAAUUAUAAUAAAUAAUUUGAAAUGUCUGAGAGCUCUUGGUAUUUUAGUUUCAGAAUAAUUGUUUACUUGUUUGAAUUCCAUGCCUAAAUAAAGACUAAACAGUUAUUCUUUUCUUACAAUUUUAAUUUGUCAUUUGCCCUUAAAUAAACUUUUUUUUACAGUUUUUAGGAACUUUAUUUGACAGCCAGUAUAAGUUACAAUUAUUUCUAUCACAUUUUGUUAAGUUGGGGCAACAUGACUAUUAAUUAAUUUCAGACAGAUGAACAAUUUUUUUUUUAUCUUGUUAUUUCCCUUUUUUUAAUUAAAUUAGAUUCCUGUGAAUUUUAAUGGUAUUAAAUUGUUUUUGUCUUUAAUGUUAAAAGUGUCAACUCAACUUUCAAGUCAUCAUAAUCAAUUAUGUAAACAUUUGUUUUGAUUAUCUCUGAACAUCAAUUCAGAUGUGUAUUUUGAAAUGAUAAUAUACUUGUGAUUGUAUGGAUGGCUGCCUUGUUGUGCAGUUUGCACGCUGGACUGUCUUUCGAUUAUCAGUAGUCCGGGGUUCAAACUCUGCCCGUUCCCAUCCCCCGCCAUCCUGCAGGAGGUUUGGACUAGAAAGUAAAUUGCAUUUCGGAUAUAAGGAACAUCCAAAACAUGUCAAAUAUUUUACAAAGAUUUUCAUGUAGUUCUUGUUUGGAGGGCUUCAUUCACCCCCUAAAAUUGUUUAUUUAACAUAGUCUUCUUAAUGAACUGUUGACUUUAUGAACAUAGUAUGUAUUAGUGGCAUUGUUUAAUUAGUUACCUAUUUUAAAUGUGUUUUAUAAUUUUUAUUUUGUUUUGAUAUAUUACAUAAUAAAAACUGACUGCUUGUAGAUAAAAGCAAAAUAUAAACUAAAGUCGCUUCCCUUACAAAACUAGAUAAAAAGGAACUAUGAACUGAAGUUACUUCCCUUAUAAAACAUUCUUUAAUAAAACUCAGUUAUUGGUUAAAGCUGGUGAUCUAGCUUUUCAUUAACAUAACAUUUGGACUUCAGUCCUAAGAAUUUUGUAAACUAUUCUGUGCUGUUGUUGUCUAUGUUGUCACCAUAAGACCUUUCUGAGUUUGUUGGUAGAUAUGAUUGAGCAUAGACCUUUUAUAUUUUCGUAUUUAAUUUGAUAAGUUACAUAUUUGGUUUUAGAUGAAGACAUCAGUUGAACUACCCGUCUUCUUUUGUUCCCAUUGACUAUUGUACAUUUCCAACAUUGUGAUGUGAAGUGAUAAGAUAUUGAUUUACUUUGUAACACUUGUUAUUGACAUAAUGAAAGCAGUGAUGACUUUGUUUCUAGACUCUAGAAUGUUCACUUUUUAUACUUUUUGGAAGGUUGUAAUGUUACAUUUUUUAUACCAGUUGGUUAGUUGUGACUUGUAGAAGUAAAAGCUAAUAUAGACAAA